UGACAAGGGGAUCAGACCACCGUAAGAUGGUAAGACCUCUGGUGCCAUCCUGUCGGUGUGACUAGCCAUCCAGUCAGCCCUCCGGAUUGUGACCAUGGCCAUGGACAAGGAUCGUAAUCAACCGCGUCUCCUACCGCAUGGGGAGAAGGUUGCCAAAACCGCAUCAAAUGGCCCGAGAUGGCAGGCUACCAAUGACUCUGGCUCCAGGAAGAUUCUCGAUCCAACUAAGAGGGGGCUUGCAUAUGCUACCUCGGAAGCCGCUCCGAAAUCCAUCCAUCGUCCGUCCGCUCUCAGGAUCCCUGAUCGCUUGCUUAUUCCGCCUUCCUUCCCCCCUCCCUCUAACAAAGGUCGGUCUCUGUGCGCGCUCCCUGGCCGGGGAUACAUGGUACAUGGUACAUAUGCUACUAGCUAUGAGGUGGUGGGUGGUGGGUGGUGCUUUGUCAGGUGCCUCACUGCCGAUAACUAGUUAGUCACUACAGUAAGUAAGUAAGUAUGGGGUCCCUUGUAGCCCACCAGGUCCGCAAAACCUGGUUGCCUCGUCCGCUGUACGUACUUUGUCACGGCACUUGACACAUCACGGAGCACAGAGUACCUGAAUCUCUCCUUUCUUUGUUUCAUUCUCUUGCUUUCUUUUUCUCCCUCACUUUUUCUUCUCAAUUUCUUUUUUUCCUCUUCCUUCCC